AUGUUUAAAAUUUUUAUAAAUACUUUAUCAUAUCAUCAUAGGAAAUUAUAUCCCAGGGACGAUACCAAUUCCACUGAAACAUCAACCCCUUCUACUACUACAUUCUCCUCCUCCUCAUCAUUAAUAUUAUCUUCUGAUACUCCUUCUUCUCUACUACAACAAGAUACAACAUCUACAAUAGGAGACAAGGAAUCAGUCGCACAAUCUAGUGGAACAUCUUCAACAAAAAAUUCUCAAUCUUCAACUACGAGUUCUACUACGUCACAAGAAAAUUUUUCUACUGUGACUCCUUCUACUUCCACACUCGCUCCCACUGCCUCAACUUCACCCUCACCCUCACCACCUUCCACAGCGUCAGAACAGGAACAAGCCUCACAUUCCACACCAGAAAAUUCUUCCACCUUUUUUUCCACUUCUACUUCUACUUCCACUUCUUCUUCUUCUUCUUCCUUUCUUUCCACACUGUCGUCGCCAGAUUUUCAAACAGAAGUACCGUCAACUACUGAUUUAACAUCAAGUAGUCCUACUUCUGACUUACAACCAUCCUCACCUACAACAUUUCCCACUUCGUCAACAACACAGGAUUUCACAAGCUCAAGUUCACAAUCUACACCUUCUUCAUCUUCUACUACUACCACUUCCUCAAGCACCAUUUCUAGUCCUACUACAAGUUCUUCGAGUACCGACCCUCCGCUGUCGUCGAUAACUUCUUCAUCUUCAUCAUCUAGUACAUUCUCAUCAAGG